UUUUCCUCUGUUUAUAUGCUAAUCAAAGCUUCUAAUAUACUUUCCCACAUUUGACUAGUGAUAAUACUUGUUUUACAUGCAUACAUAAACUCACGCCUUUUUCCUGGAGGGGUAGGCAGAGACUAUCAUUCCACCUGCCAUGAUCCCUGCAUACUUCAUAACUCUCUUCAUGCAAGCUCAACAGUUUCGGGUACUCUUGACCUGACCUUUUCCAGGAAGUCUAUAAUUUGAUCAAGGUAUUUUUGUCUAGGCCUUCCCAUACCAACCUUUCCAUUCCCAUUCUUCUUGUAUAUUUACUUAGUCAACCUGCUUUUGUUCUCAUCCUUUCUGGCUUUAAAAGGUUAAAAAUAACUUUUAUGUGUGGACUCUGGUGGUAUUAGGCAUGGCCUACAUUUAUUGUUUGGUGAAAAUAUUUUCUUAACAGAAUGUAUUCAAACUUUUUAUUUACAAAGCCUACCUACAUGUUUUUUUUAUGAAUAUCAAUUUGAUUGUUUACUGGUAUUAUUUGAAUUAAUGUUUGCUAUCUACCCUCAAGUUUGUAUUUAUUAUUCGUUCAAAGUAGGAUAACAACUCAGGAAUUUUAAAAAUAAAUUUUCGAAAUUACUUAUCACUUAUUGACAUCAAAUAUUACUUUUUAUUUUUUGAAGUGGAAGAAGCAAUUCUUAUAAGAUUAGAGUAAUAAUCUUAUAAAAAUUACUUCUACCAAUAGAUCUACAUAAGAACUAUCAAGCUUUGACAAGGCUUAUGUCCUAUUUUUCCUCUCUCAUUCUCUGAAAUAAUCUGACAAUGUUUGAGUAGGCUGGUCUAUAUUAAUUCAAGUUAAAAUAAAAAAGAAACAAAACUAUAUAGGUUUAUAUUUUAUUAUUUUUUAGUAUGAGCAAAUAGAAGUGGUUAUUAAGUUUAUUUUAUGUCUUGCCAGUUAGUUAUACUUGACCAGAUUUUAGUUCCUGCAUUCAUUUCAUUUGUAAGAUUUGAAAGGCCAUCGGUCAAGCGUACUUCUAACCAAUGAGCUUGUGUAAAAAGUUUAAUUAAUGUGGAUGUAGCAAACAAAGCAUGCAAGAAUGUGGCAAGUGGAAUGAUGUAGUCUCUGCCUACCCCUCCUGAAAGAGGUCUGGUGUAAGUUUCAUUUUAUUUUCUUUAUUUUGAGAGUAUGAAUAUAUAUAGGUGAGGUAAGUAAGGUAAAAGGCGACUAUGUUAUAAGCUUAUUAACUUGGGAGUCUUCUUUUAUGUGAUGGGCUAGCAACCUGUCACUAUUUGUAUCUCCAGUCAAUUUAUAAGCCUAACAGCUGAACAUAGCCUGUCAGUCUUUCAAGACUGCAGGCUCUGUCUACCCCGCAAGGCAUAAGAACGUGAUUAUAUAAAUGAUGAAUGAAUGUAUAGGUGAGUGGAACAAGUGAUAAUUGUCAUCUGCACGAGUCUUCAAAGAAUGUGAUAAUUGUAUUACACACUACAAUUUUUCACACCUUGACUUUAAGGAUAGAACGAAGUAACCAAUUUGAUACACACAUAGGCACGUCUAUUUAUAUCCCUUGCAGGGUAUUCAGUCUUGAAAAGACUCAAUGGCCAUAUUCAACUAGCUUUGGCUAAAUUGAGAUUAAAAUAGCGAAAGGUUACUAGUCCUACAAAAAGAAUCCUAAGUUUUUUAGUCUUUUCGUUAGUUGUAUAUUACUGUUGAUUAUUGAGAAAAAAUUGAGAGAGAUACGGUAAAAUAUUUUGUGAUGAUGAUGUACUGGAAAAAUGCUUGACAGUUAGGUGGCUAGCAUUGUGUAUAAAGGCAGUGGUAACAUUCAGUAAAAAUCUGAAUUGUAUUAAUUAUUACAACAUCCCUUCUUACAUUAUAAAUAAAGAAAAAGUAACUUUUAGUCUGUCUGUUACGCUUUCACACCUAAACCAUUUGGUACAGAGAUGAGUUGACUCUGAGAAAGAACAUAGGCUACUUUUUAUUGCGAAAUGAAAAAGAGCUAAUGAAAGAUUGUCGAUAAACUUUUACGGCAAAUGAAGUCGCGGGCAACAGCUAGUACCGUGAAAUACGCCAACUUUGCCUUCUAGGAAAACUUUGCCCAAAACAACGUUUUUAAAGAAUAUUACUAUUUAAAAAAAAAGUAACAAAAUAUCGGCAACAUUUAUCAUAUUUGUAGAAAAUAGACUUUAGAUGUGGCAACACAGAAUAGUGUGUGCGCUCCUAUCUUCACUCAGUCACCUGUCAGCAUUUGUACAGAACGGAGUGUAUUUUUGUGGGCCAAUUAUAGCAAAAGUUUGAGAGUGAAUUAUUUAUCAUGGUGAAAUCACAGAAAAACAAACAUAAGUCACGUAUACGACAAAGAAAGCCAAGACGUAAACUUGGAUCUAGAUUAUACAAAAAUUACUCUAACGAAAUGUUAAUGCUCGCUUGUGAAGCCGUUCAGUCGGGUCAAGUAUCUUCUCGAGACGCUGAAAAGCAAUUUGGUAUCCCAAGGCGAACCAUACUCAACAAACUGAAAAAUCUACAUACAAAGUCAGUUGGACAUCCAACAAAAUUGACAUCAGAGGAGGAGGUCAAAAUUGUAAAAGUUUUACAAGCGGCCAGCAAUUUCGGCUCGCCACUUACGAAACUCGAUUUAAAACUAUUGGUCCGUAAUUACUUGGAAAAGAACUCAAAGGAUCAUAUUUUCAAAAACAAGAUUCCAGGUGAUGCAUGGGUCCAGAGCUUUUUGGCAAGGCAUGCUGAUGAAUUGACUUUGAGAGCUACUCAAAAUAUUUCAAAAGCAAGAGCUGAAAAAGGAGCUCAAGAAAUAAUUGAUUACUUUAAUAAUUUAAGUGUGACACUGAAAGAUAUACCAGCUCAAAAUAUAAUAAAUUUCGACGAAACUAAUCUAUCCGAUGACCCUGGCUCUUCCGUUGGCAUUUUCCGAAGAGGGGUAAAAUAUCCGGAAAGAAUAGUAAAUUCUACCAAAGGAAACAUAUCUCUUAUGUUUACGGCCACUGCAAGCGGGCGGUGCCUUCCUUUAUAUGUUGUUUAUAAAGCAACUAAUUUGUAUUCAGAAUGGAUUAAUGGAGGACCACCAGGGACCCGAUAUAACUGUACCAAGUCAGGGUGGUUUGACAGCGUAAUGUUUGAGAAUUAUUUUGAAACUAUUAUUCUACCAUGGGCAACUGAAACUGCCGGGACAAAGGUUGUCAUAUGCGAUAAUUUAUCCAGCCACUUAAGUAUUAAGGUAGUUGAGUUAUGUGAACAGCAUGACAUCAAGUUCGUUUUUAUCCCCCCAAGAUCAACACAUCUCACCCAACCCCUUGAUGUCGCAUUUUUUGGGCCUUUGAAAAAAUGCUGGCGUAAAGUUUUAUAUCAAUACAAGCUCAAAAAUCCAACUCAAACCACACUUAACAAGAAACAUUUCCCGAAAUUGCUUUCUGAAUUAAUAGAAUCGAUUCGCAUGUCGGAAAAAUCAAACAUUAUUAGUGGCUUUAGGGCAUCGGGAAUAUAUCCACUAAAUCCACAAGAAGUCCUUAAGAAGAUCCCACAAAUGGAAAUCCAGUCGUCUUCGUAUGGAAUUGAUCAAGUUCUGGUAGAUUAUUUAAAAGAAACUAGAUCUCCAAAGCCUUUUCAAGUACAAAGGAGUAAAAAAGUUAAUUGCGAGCCGGGAAAAUCAGUGACCGCUUCCGAUUUAAAUGUUGAUUCUAGGUAUAAGAAAAUAAAAAAUAAAUCAGCUAAGAUGGCAAAUGAAAAAAAAAGAAAUGAUGAAUCUUUUUACUUGGACGAACAAACUGGUCUUUUCAUAUCAGAAUCUACUCUUUUUUCAAAUAAUGAUACCAAUUAUGAUCAAGACUACAACUUGGAAGAGGCUUUCGGUAUCCCUCUAUAUCAGCAUAAUUCUAUACCUGAAAGUUUAAGCAAACAAUGUAUCACAAUUAUUAAUUUCUACAUGAGUCAAUCAUUCCGUAUUAAAACUAAAACAUUUGCACCCACUAAUGACUUACAUUUUAAAUCUCCCAUAGGUAGUUUCACAAACACAAUGAUUGUACGAAAAGACAAUGACAGUUCCGUUCAAAAUACUGAUCCAGCCAAGAAAAAUAAAAUAAUCAUACUUUCCGAUGUCCUACUUAAACCAGGAUCAGCAUCAGCGACUAAUGUUUGUUAUUUAAAUGAAGCUUCUGGUAAGACUGAAAAUAUACCGUUUACAUCUAUGAACAAAAAUGAUUUACCAGAAUGCCUGCAAGUGAAAAAAAAGAAACAAGUGAAGAAAAUGAAGACAAUAAAUAAAGAAAAAGAGAAAAAUAUAAAGAGAGGAGUCAGAAAUAAGAUAAAAGGAAAAAUUACAGCUCAAAAAAAUAGUAGAACAAAAAAAGGAAUAAAAGAUUUGAUAGUGAUUCCAGCUCAAUAUCUACGGGUAAUGAAGUUAUAACAGCUGACACAGAUGAUUCUGAUUACGAAACAAUAAAUGAUUAUUACAUAGCGGAAUGCUUGCGGGAACAAGAAGAAAAGGAAAAUAUUGAUGAUUCAAAUACCAUCCCUUUUGGAUUACAUGAUAUUGAAUAUUUUUCUGAAAAUCAAGAAAGAAUUAAAAAAUACGACUGGGUUAUAGUUCGAUUUGCAACAAAAAAAAGUUUAAAACACUAUGUAGGUCAGGUAUUGUCCACUAAUGGUAUAAAUCCUACAGUAAAAUUUUUAAGAAAAGUUAAAGAAUCAAAGUCCAUCUCAGGAACGACCUUUACUUACCCAAUAGUGGAUGAUAUUAGCACCAUACAACAUACUGAAGAUAUUAUAGCGGUUUUAUCCGAACCAAAGAUAACUCGACGUGGUCAAAUUGUAUUUAAUGUCGAUUUCAGUAGUUUUAACAUACAAUAGUAGUUCACUCGUUAAACCGUUAUAGUUAAGCCUUAUAUAACUUACGUAUGUUCAAUUCAGUAACUGUGAUUUGAUUAAGACUGCUACAUUUUCCAAAGAAUAAUUAUAUAACUUUAAGAAACACUCUCCUAUAUUUUAUUAUAAUGUUAAAAUAGUUCUAACCGAGCCAAAGUCAUGACUAAAUUUAAUUCAAACUAAAUAGUAUUUAGAUUUUUAAAAUUAUUUUGAAUAAAAAUGUUUUGUUGAACGUUGUUACUGAUUCGAGUUGAGUUGUUAUAAGAUAAUCAGAUUUUAGACCAGUUAUAUUACUGUUUGAUCUCAAUCAUGUUACUUCGAAUUUUUCUAAUUUUGCUUAUUUAACAAUUAAGCAUACUUUCUUUUUUUUCCACAAGAUAUUUUAAGUUUUGUUUUUUGAUAAACAGACAUUCGUACUUAAUUAUCUCUAGGGAUACGUACCUACUUGUUUUUUUUUUUGUUAAUUAAUAUAAGCUUUGAUUAUAGGACAACCUUCACUGAUCUGAACUGACCUAUUGAUGUUUUUAAUUAUUAAAUUUAACAUACCUACUAUGUACUAAAUAUAUGUGUUGCAAGUAGGUUGUCUUAAAAUGUAUGUAGUUUUUUUUUUACAUUUUACCAUUUCUGAUAACAGACAAAUGACGAUCAAAAGUAUGAAGCCUACAGAAUAUGUAAACGUUCAAAGGCUUUAUUUAUACUUUUGAUCGGAGUGUCAUUUGUCUAUUAGCUAAAACGCGUAAAAUGUAAAAAAAAUAAAUAUAAUGUUUAGGCAAUCCACUUGCAUUGUACCUAUAUUUAGUAUUGGAUUUAAAUUAAUAUUAAAAAGUCACCCAUUAACCAGUUCAGUGACGGGUCUCUUUUACUCUGAUCUCUAACUCGUUAAUUUUCUCGUUGAUCUCAAUUAUGUUAAGUAUAAUUAUUUUCUAUUUUUUGCUAGUUGCUAGUGUAACUAAUAAGUAUCUUUUUUAAAAUCUCCUUAUAUUUUGUAAAAUGAUAAACAUUUCAUUGGUCACAGCUUUUAAAAGUUUAAUUAUGUCAAGUUGUAGUGGUGUCUCACUAUUAACAUGUUUUUAAUUGUUCUGAAGACUAAUAAACAGUUUAGUUCCUUAAAAAGUGUAUUUUCUUACUAACCUAUCAAAAGAUUUAGUGCUAAUCAUUAUUAAAAAAAGGAUUGUACCGAAAGUUGACAACCCUAGCUCUUUUAAAUUGCUUCAUGACGUUUGUAUAAAGGAAAGAAAAAAAUACUGAGUAACAUUGCCCACUCAUUUUAAAACAAGUAUAUGUAUGAUAUCGUUUUACUUUUUGGAUUAGUGGCCUUUAUUGCCAAUAUACUUUAUUUGGUUCUUAUGUUAUUCUCUUAAGGUCUAUAUUUUCGCUAAAAAUAAGGGUGGGCAAUGUUGGCUAAAACCCCAGAUAACAUUAUCCAUCGCCGAAAUCGGAAAUAUGUUAGAAAAUACUUACCUGCUGUGUUAUUUUGUUACGCUAAUGCAUGAACAUGAUCUCAGUGUUGCCACAGAUACAACAAUAUAUCUGGGGUACCAUACAAAAAAAUGGCAAAAAUCUAUUUUUUCUUCAAAAACUGGGCAAUGUUGGCGUAUUUCACGGUAAGUAAUUUUUGUUUGAUCUGCAUUGAAAAUAAAUUAAUAUAAACAAAUUGCUAUCUAAAUUAAAGAUAAUAAUGAUGCGGCGUCGUAUAUCUAUUCUUUUUCUGUUAAAUGAUCAUAAAUAGCUCUGCUAUUGUAUUUAUUGCCAACUAGAAUUUAAGGUUGAUCCUUUCACGUUUUCCUCGUGGACCAACUUAAAUGAACAACUAAUUGUUACAUGUAUGAACACAUGACAUCACAGGCACGGCAUCGUAUUCGCGAUCAUAAAAUUCUCGACACAUUAAUAGCCAAAAAAAUUACGUAGACGUUUGUAAUACCAACAACGACGUGUGACGAUAUAUGAUUUGAUCAUGAAGUAUUUUCUGCGAAUGCUGAAUUCUUUAAAGCAUUUUAAAAACUCACACCACUUUUUAAUUUAGCCAUGAUACACACAUGUUUACAUCACACAAUCGUGAUGAUGCACAUUUAAAAUAGUAGGUAAUGCACCACACUGUUUUUAUUUAACCGUCGUUCAUUUGUUUAAAGCCAGCACUUGGGAAUUCAAUAAGGAUUGAGGCAAUGAAAUUUAAUCUUCUUAACAAUUGAGUGUUUUACCUUUCAGUCUUUUCGACACUGUCGGUUCAGCCUACCUUGUAAGGGGACAUAAAAAGGAAUGUCAUAAAUUUAUAUUGAAGAAUAUCAAAAAGUAACAAAAUUAAAUUGUCAUUUUUUCCCCCGCUUUGACGUUAGCUACAUAAGUGUAAGUUUUAGGAACAUGUUUAAUUCAUUUUCACAUCUUAAAACUCGAUAAUUGUUAGGUAAUAAUGGGUACAUUACACAUGUGAUGUCACUGUGAUGCAGAGUCUGACGCACUUGCGUACCUAUGCGAUAAAAGGCGAAGUAAUAACUAUGUCGUUUUUGAGCUUAACGUAACCAAUUAUCAUCUCGUAUGAGGUCAUUAAUUCUUUUGUUUUCAUUUAAUAGUGACUGGUUUAUUUUUGGGCUACGCUUUAUUAGGAAUUUCUGUAAAUAAUUUCUCAGCGAAUACCUACGACAUAACUAUAUUUACCUAUGUCAAGUAGAGACAUCGGAACUUGAACGUUUUUCCAUGGAUUGUGUAUUUUUAUGGGAUCAUGAAGUUGAUGAUAAUUCUUAUCUCAAAUUGUAAGAAAACUUAUACCUUCCCUUCAAAUAAAGCUUCACAUGAAAAUAUGUAUAUUAUGACUCUGUUGUGUUUCUUGUCAAGAGUGUUGGCAUAAUUUGACCAAGUUAAAUCUCGUCGUGCUUACCAUCAGGCAGAUUGGCGUCAAA